AUGCCUAUCCACCAGCCCAUCCACCAGCCCACCCACAAGCCCAUCCAUCAUCUCACUUCCCUUCUACAAGCUCUCUCACCAGCCUACCCCCCAGACAACCCACCAGAACACCAACCAGCUCUCUCACCAGCCUGCCCCCCACCCACCCCACCCCCCGACCACCUACCAGCCAGGUCUCCCACCAGCCUACCCACCAAAACACCAACAUGCUCUCCCACCAGCCCACCCACCAAAACACCAACAUGCUCUCCCACCAGCCCACCCACCAAAACACCAACAUGCUCUCCCACCAGCCUACCCCCCAGACCACCAAUCUCCAGAACACCAACAUGCUCUCCCACCAGCCCACCCACCAAAACACCAACAUGCUCUCCCACCAGCCCACCCACCAAAACACCAACAUGCUCUCCCACCAGCCUACUCACCAAAACACCAACAAGCUCUCCCACCAGCCCACCCAGCAAAACACCAACAUGCUCUCCCACCAGCCUACUCACCAAAACACCAACAAGCUCUCCCACCAGCCCACCCACCAAAACACCAACAAGCUCUCCCACCAGCCACCCCACCAAAACACCAACAUGCUCUCCCACCAGCCCACCCACCAAAACACCAACAUGCUCUCCCACCAGCCUACCCACCAAAACACCACCAACCACCAGCCAGGUCUCCCACCAGACCACCCAGCAAAACACCAACAUGCUCUCCCACCAGCCUACCCACCAAAACACCAACAAACUCUCCCACCAGCCCACCCAGCAAAACACCAACAUGCUCUCCCACCAGCCUACUCACCAAAACACCAACAAGCUCUCCCACCAGCCCACCCACCAAAACACCAACAAGCUCUCCCACCAGCCACCCCACCAAAACACCAACAUGCUCUCCCACCAGCCCACCCACCAAAACACCAACAUGCUCUCCCACCAGCCACCCCACCAAAACACCAACAUGCUCUCCCACCAGCCUACCCACCAAAACACCACCAACCACCAGCCAGGCCUCCCACCAGCCCACCCAGCAAAACACCAACAUGCUCUCCCACCAGCCUACCCACCAAAACACCAACAAACUCUCCCACCAGCCCACCCACCAAAACACCAACAAACUCUCCCACCAGCCCACCCACCAAAACACCAACAUGCUCUCCCACCAGCCCACACACCAAAACACCACCAACCACCAGCCAGGUCUCCCACCAGACCACCCAGCAAAACACCAACAUGCUCUUCCACCAGCCUACCCACCAAAACACCAACAUGCUCUCCCACCAGCCCACCCACCAAAACACCAACAUGCUCUCCCACCAGCCCACCCACCAAAACACCAACAUGCUCUCCCACCAGCCUACUCACCAAAACACCACCAACCACCAGCCAGGUCUCCCACCAGACCACCCAGCAAAACACCAACAUGCUCUCCCACCAGCCUACUCACCAAAACACCAACAUGCUCUCCCACCAGCCCACCCACCAAAACACCAACAAGCUCUCCCACCAGCCUACCCACCAAAACACCAACAUGCUCUCCCGAAAACCACCCCACCAAAACACCAACAUGCUCUCCCACCAGCCCACCCACCAAAACACCAACAAGCUCUCCAACCAGCCUACCCACCAAAACACCAACAUGCUCUCCCACCAGCCCACCCACCAAAACACCAACAUGCUCUCCCACCAGCCUACCCACCAAAACACCACCAACCACCAGCCAGGUCUCCCACCAGACCACCCAGCAAAACACCAACAUGCUCUCCCACCAGCCCACCCACCAAAACACCAACAUGCUCUCCCACCAGCCACCCCACCAAAACACCAACAUGCUCUCCCACCAGCCACCCCACCAAAACACCAACAUGCUCUCCCACCAGCCUACCCACCAAAACACCACCAACCACCAGCCAGGCCUCCCACCAGCCCACCCAGCAAAACACCAACAUGCUCUCCCACCAGCCCACCCACCAAAACACCAACAAACUCUCCCACCAGCCCACCCAGCAAAACACCAACAAGCUCUCCCACCAGCCUACCCACCAAAACACCACCAACCACCAGCCAGGUCUCCCACCAGCCUACCAACCAAAACACCAACAAACUCUCCCACCAGCCCACCCACCAAAACACCAACAUGCUCUCCCACCAGCCCACCCACCAAAACACCAACAUGCUCUCCCACCAGCCCACCCACCAAAACACCAACAUGCUCUCCCACCAGCCUACUCACCAAAACACCAACAAGCUCUCCCACCAGCCCACCCAUCAAAACACCAACAAGCUCUCCCACCAGCCCACCCACCAAAACACCAACAUGCUCUCCCACCAGCCCACCCACCAAAACACCACCAACCACCAGCCAGGUCUCCCACCAGCCUACUCACCAAAACACCAACAUGCUCUCCCACCAGCCCACCCACCAAAACACCAACAUGCUCUCUCACCAGCCUACUCACCAAAACACCACCACCUACCAGCCAGGUCUCCCACCAGCCCACCCACCAAAACACCAACAAGCUCUCCCACCAGCCCACCCACCAAAACACCAACAAGCUCUCCCACCAGCCCACCCACCAAAACACCAACAUGCUCUCCCACCAGCCUACUCACCAAAACACCAACAUGCUCUCCCACCAGCCCAUCCACCAAAACACCAACAAGCUCUCCCACCAGCCCACCCACCAAAACACCAACAAGCUCUCCCACCAGCCCACCCACCAAAACACCAACAUGCUCUCCCACCAGCCUACUCACCAAAACACCAACAUGCUCUCCCACCAGCCCACCCACCAAAACACCACCACCCACCAGCCAGGUCUCCCACCAGACCACCCACCAAAACACCACCACCCACCAGCCAGGUCUCCCACCAGCCCACCCACCAAAACACCAACAAGCUCUCCCACCAGCCACCCCACCAAAACACCAACAUGCUCUCCCACCAGCCACCCCACCAAAACACCAACAUGCUCUCUCACCAGCCUACUCACCAAAACACCAACAUGCUCUCCCACCAGCCACCCCACCAGCCCACCCGCCACAUCCCCCACUAGUUCUACCACCAGUCCACGCCCAUUAA